UAAGCUAAGCUGCCACUAAAUAAUAUAUAGUAACAUAAUAAUAGAUUUUAGUGGUUUAUUAUAAUAGAUUGAAGGAAGAAGUGCAGGUAUUCUGUGUGUGAAGGUGUUGAUUGCACAGAGAGAGAGAGAGAGAGAGAGAUAGAGAAGAUGGAGAUAGGAUUUUUGGGGUUGGGGAUAAUGGGAAAGGCCAUCUCUGUGAAUCUUCUCCGCAGUGGCUUCAAGGUCACCGUUUGGAACAGGACACUCUCAAAGUGCGGUGAGCUUUUGGAUCUUGGAGCUUCGGUUGAAGAAACCCCUGCUGCUGUAAUCAAGAAGUGCAAGUAUACCAUUGCUAUGUUAUCUGAUCCUGUUGCUGCUCUUUCGGUGGUUUUCGACAAAGAUGGCGUUCUUGAGCAAAUUUCAAGUGGAAAAGGUUAUAUUGACAUGUCAACAGUUGAUGCUGAUACUUCUUCGAAGAUUAGUGAGGCAAUUUUAGCAAAGGGUGGUGAUUUCCUUGAAGCACCUGUUUCAGGUAGCAAAAAGCCUGCAGAAGAUGGUCAGCUAGUAAUCCUCGCUGCUGGAGUGCAGGCAUUGUAUAAUGAAAUGAUUCCAGUGUUUAAUGUCGUUGGAAAGAAGUCGUUCUACUUGGGGCAGGUUGGAAACGGGGCAAAAAUGAAACUUGUUGUCAACAUGAUAAUGGGCAGUAUGAUGAAUGCAUUAUCAGAAGGACUUAUUCUUGCUGACAGAAGUGGGCUGGAACCUAAAGUUCUUCUCGACGUAUUGGAUCUGGCUGCAAUUGCUAAUCCAAUGUUUAAGUUGAAAGGACCUGCUAUGAUAGAGAGAAACUACCCUCCAGCUUUUCCUCUGAAACAUCAGCAGAAGGACAUGAGAUUGGCUCUUGCCCUUGGGGAUGAAAAUGCUGUAUCGAUGCCUGUGGCAGCCGCAGCUAAUGAGGCUUUCAAGAAAGCCAGAAGCUUGGGGCUUGGAGACCUUGACUUUUCAGCUGUUCAUGAGACUUUGGAGGCUGCUAAACCUCCCCAUUGAUGUACAAAAUCAGCUUGAAGGGCAACCUGUUGAUGCAAAAAUAACUUUAUGAUUUACAUAUACAUGUUCUGAACUUGUUUAGUUUCUAUUUUCUUUUUCUUUUAAAAACAUGUGCGAUGUGGGGUUGCAAUCUGGUAGAAUGUAAUAUAUGGUUAGAAGUUUUAGCAGAAUUUCUAUGAGAAAUGCCAAAUCUUUAUCAACUUUUUGUUUC